GGUCAUUCUCGCGACAGAACUCAACGUUGUCUUUUGUUUUGUUUUCUUAUAUCUAGUCAUAAACAUUUAAAAGAAAUGACAACACAUUAUAGUAUAUUAAAUAUCAGUGAAAGUAUAUAAAGUGUUGUGCUUCAAGCCAGAUGAAAAUGUUCCUCUUACUGCUUUUCCAGAUUAUCAUCUUUGCCGAUGUCAAAAGUCAAACAAAUAAUCAACAUCAUAAUGGAUUUACCCAAGAGAAUAUAGAUCCACAGAUCUCUUAUCCUGAUCAGAAUUAUAGAUUGAAUCAAUAUGCACAAGGAAAUGGAGUCUACCCGUAUGAAAAUCUCAUUAACAGAUUUAGUGCAUUAGACCAGGAUUCUGUCCCUUCUUUGGGGAGCAGGAAUGGCGAGGUCGCUUUUAUGGAACUGCAGUCACAAGUUUCCAAGCCAAGUGUUUUGCAGAAUGUAGCACCACAGCAAGAAUUGUUGAAUAAUGUCAGCCAUGGUGUUACUGAUUUAGGAAUUAAAUUGUUAAGAAGCGCAAUGCAGUUGCAACCAGGGAAUAUAAUGAUGUCACCAACAUCAAUAGCGACUCUGUUAGCCCUGUUGCAGCAAGGCACGAGUGGUGCUGCACAGGAACAAAUAACCAACUCUUUGCAUAUGGCCCCUGAAAUAACAGCUCCAAUAUACAGAAGACUUACAAUAGAUAUGAGAAAACGUAAUUCACGGAACAUUUUGACAGUAGCCAAUAAUGUGGUAGUAGCUGAUUCUUUUGAUCUGAAUCCAGCGUUUAAGACUACUGCAAUACGUAACUUUGGCAGUGAAGUGACCCCAAUGAAUUUUGCAAGUUCCGAAGAAGCUGCAAAGAAAAUUAAUAAAUGGGUCGCUGAUAAUACCAAGAACAGAAUUACAGACAUGUUACCACCAGAAAUUUUCAAUCCAAACACACAGUUGGUUCUUGUAAAUGUGGUGUAUUUCAAAGGACUUUGGGAAACAAAAUUUAAACCUGAAGCUACUAUGCCACGAGAAUUUCAUCUCAGCAAUGGGCAGUCUGUGAUUGUACCGUUUAUGCGUUUACAAACCUCGUUCAAGUUCGGUGAAGAUGCGAAAACAAAUUCCAUUGUCUGCAUACUGCCAUUUGAGCGUUACCAAUAUUCACUAAUCCUCAUCCUUCCAAACGAGGGUUCUAGUACAGAAUCGUUGAUAGAUAAACUCACUGAUGACGACGUAAUUAAUUAUCACAAAAUGAGCCCAGUUGACAUGCAAAUUGAAAUCCCCAAGUUUACUAUGAAGUCUGAUACAAACCUUCAACCGGUUUUAAAACAGAUGGGCGUUAAAAACAUUUUCGAUUCACAAUCCGAAUUAGCUGGAAUUGGGAUAUAUCGUACGUAUCCGCCACAAAUAUCUGAUGCUCUUCACUCUGGAUAUCUAAGUAUUGAUGAGCAGGGAGCUACUGCGGCUGCGGCGUCUGCCUUUGCGGCGGUUGCUCUGUCAUUUGAGGAUCCUCUACCGACAUUCAGAGCUAAUAGACCUUUCGUAGCCAUACUAUGGGAUACGCAAUUCGCUAUUCCAUUGUUUAUGGCUCGCAUUGACGAUCCAUCAAUUUUGAAGUAAAGUUCUUGAUCCUUUCUUAUAAUUAUGCGGAGAUCAUAUUAUAUUACAUUUUGUGAAAAUAAAGUAAAUUGGAUGGA